AUGCCCUGCACCACAUGUGUGCAGCAGACUAUGGCCAUGGAGGACUUCAGCCCACAGGUCAAUUAUAACAAGUAUUUACACCAUUACUGUUGCCACUUUCAGUUGACACGCUCCGUGGACCUUCGUGCAUGCUGGUGGCCGAAUGUGGAAGUGCAUCUGACGCCUGACACCAAGCAGCAGGAGCUCAACCGUGUUGUAUCAGCAUUGACCGACCACUACGCAGUGCUGUACAUGGGAUGGGGUGCAUACAAUGUGUCGAUUGAAUCCGAGUUCAGGGGUGAUGUGGCUAAAGCCGACGAGCAAUUAUCCCGGGGCCUGCGCGAGCACAUCACAGUGGAGCGAAAUACUGUGUGGCGAGACAUGGCGGCGAUGGAGCGCAAAUAUGCUGCAGUAACAGUAAAGCAAGCGACAGCUCCAUUGGGUUUCAGGGCCAAGUAA